UUUGUUUUUUUUGUAGAUAUGACACGAGGCAGAGGUCGAGGUAACACAAGUCGUGCAAGCAAGAUGUCAAUUGGAGGUCGAGGUAGCACAAGUCGAGUUAAUAUGCCUACUGUUCCUAUUCCCAUAACUAGUUCUCAACAAGGUGGUAUUAGUUCUUCUAGUGGACCAAAUAAUAUCAUUCAAGUUCAGACUUUAGUUCCUACUAUUUCGCCUCAUGUUCAAACAUCAGAUCAAUGUAGUACCCCAUCAGUUCAUCUUGAACCAGCCCCUGUAAUACCUAAUAGGAGCAAUGCAAUAGGUGAGGGUGCAUCUACUGAUCAGAGAAACGUAACAGGUGACUCUACAUCUAGUCAAAACAACACAAUAGGUGAAGGUGAGAGCAAUAGUAACCCUGAACAGCGGACGCUUGUUUUUCUUUCUGCUGCCGGGUUGGAACCUUCAAGUACUUGCUCUAACCGAAUAUGUGAGUCUUUCAAGAGUGAGCUUGAUCCCAAGGGAACUAAUUGGAAAAGUGUCCCAUAAGAAACAAAAGAUUUUUAUCUAGGGGAA